AUGGCGAGUCACAAGGUCACCCAAUCCCAGCCGGAGCCCCAUUCCGCCCCUUCUCGAGGCGUGAAUUCCAUCGCGGCCCGGCUGGAGAGUUUGAAGCGGGAGUCCCUGCGGCCCUCCAUAGCCCCACCCUCCACUUCCCAGGCGGGGAUCCAGUUUGAAGCUGCGGGCCCCGUAGACUCCACCGCGCUGCGUCGCCUGGCGGGGCAGCUCUUCGACGACGAGAGCUGGAAGCAGCUGUACGAUAAAGGGAUGAACGCGAAGCUGACGCGAAGUAGGGAUGGGGCCACCGAGGAGACCAAGAUAAAAGAACUUGCAGACAUGGUCAAGCUCUUGCGGAGGGCCCUGAAGGAGCUCCAGGGAAGGACUCAGACCUUCAUCGAUCAAAGCUGUCGAUUUGAGCGAGACAUAGGACAGCAGGCAAGGGCAUUGAUGAGGGUGGAAGCCGCCAAGCUGUCAAGUGAGUCUGGGGCCAUGGCCGCCCACGCCGAACUGGCCAAUGCCAGGCGAGAGGCGGCUGCCGCCGCAGCAGCUCACAAGAACGCGCUGGCCGUCUGGAAGGGCGAGCUGCAGGGGCAGCAGGCAGAGGUGGCGCGCCUGCGUCGCGAGUCCGACCGGCUGCAGGCCGAGGUCACCCGGCUGAGCGGCGAGGCGAGGCGGAGCGAGGCCGCCCGCGCCGCGGCGGAAGAGGCGGCCCACGACGCCAAGCGCGCGGCGACGCUGGCAGCGCGAGAGGCUUCUGGCGCCAAGCUCGCCCUGGAGCGCGACUUGGCCUCCGAGCGCGAGGCCUCGGCCGCGGCUCGGCUCGGCGCCGAGGCAGAGCAGGCCGCCGCCAAGGCGGAGGCCGAGCGCCUGGCCGCGCGCCGCGACGCCGCGGAGGCCCGUGCCAAGCUGCUGGAGGGGGAAGUCGCCGGCAUGCGCGUGGAGCUGCGUGAGGCGGACGUGAGGCUGCAGGCCACCACCGCCGACUGCGAGGGCGCGCGACGCCAGCUGGCAGAGCACCGCGCGGUGCAUGACCGCGUGGUGGCCGACGCCGCCGCCGUGCUCGCCGAGCUCCAGGACUGGCAGACAAAGGCAGCGACGCUGCUUGAGGAGCUGGAGCGGGAGAGGCAGCGGGCGGGCCAGGCAGAGGCCCAGAACGCCGCGACCUCCGCGCAGCUGGCAGAAUCCCAGGCAUCCGCGGCCGCGCGAGAAGCCCAAUUACAGCGGCUGGAGGGGGAGCUGGAGGCACUGCAGGAGUGCACGCUAGGCCUGGGGUCGGGGGACCAGGGCGAGAUGCUCAGCCGACUGCUGCACCGGGUGGGGGCGCUGGAGGGCGCGCUGCUGGCUUCCGAGACCAGGAGGCGGGCCCUGCACAACACCCUGGUGGAGCUGCGCGGCAACAUCCGCGUGUUCUGCCGCAUCCGGCCCCACCCUGCGAGCGUGGUCCGCGUGGCCCCCGACGGCUGCAGUCUGUGCCUGUCCGCCGAGGGGCGGGAGCACACCUUUGCCUUCGACCGCGUCUUCCCGCCGGGUGCGACCCAGGCUGGGGUGUACGAAGGCGUGGCGGAGCUGGUGCAGAGUGCGCUGGACGGCUACAAGGGCUGGGAUUAUGCGCUGCAGGCCGCGUUCGUGGAGGUGUACAACGAGACCCUGCGCGACCUGCUGGCCGAGCGGCGCGGCGAGGGCCGGCUGGGGGACGGCGGCAUCCUGCACGCGCCCGACGGCGGGCACACGACGGUGACGGGGGCCACACGGCUGACCAUCGCCAGCGAGGAGGACGCGGCGCUGCUGGUGGCGCGCGCCGCGGCGGCGCGCAGCGUGGAGGCCACCGCCAUGAACGCCGCCUCCUCCCGCUCCCACUCCGUCUUCCUGCUGUACAUCACGGGGCGGCACGCCGCCUCCGACACCGCGCUGCACGGCUCGCUCGCCCUGGUGGACCUGGCCGGCAGCGAGCGCCUGGCGCGCAGCGGCGCCGAGGGCGCACGCGCCAAGGAGACCUGCAGCAUCAACAAGUCGCUGUCGGCGCUGGGGGACGUGUUCCAGAGCCUGGCCGCCAGAGCCGCCCACGUCCCCUACCGCAACUCCAAGCUCACCUACCUGCUCCAGCCGUGCCUGGGGGGAAGCGGCAAGACGCUGAUGUUCGUCAACAUCAACCCCGAGCCCGAGUCUGCGGGGGAGACGCUCUGCUCCCUGCGCUUUGCCGCCAAAGUGAACUCGGUGGAGACGGCGGCAAAGGGGGGGGCGGCACGCAGCGUCUCCACCCUGUCAGAGAUGACGGGGAGGCCUUCGCUGGCCAUGGGUGAGGGGGACGCAGCACGGGCCACCGCCCUCAAGCGGCGAGCCUCGCCACGCGUCUCCAAGACCAGCGCCAGCCGCGUCGUCAGGCCUCGGUGUCCCUGA